AUGGACGUCAUCAAAGCUGUCCAGACCUACAUCAUGAAGAUGAUCACAGAAGUACCGGGGAUGAAGGUGUUGUUGCUUGAUGCCCAUACUACACCAAUAGUAUCAAUGGUUACCACUCAAUCUGAACUACUAGCUCAUGAAGUUUAUCUAACGGAUAGAAUUGACAAUAUAAGCCGAGAACCUCUAAACCACUUAUCUUGCGUCGCAUUCCUAUCUCCAAGUGAAUCGAGUAUAGAAGCUGUUAAAGCUGAGUUGAGUAAACCUAGAUAUGGUGGAUAUUGGUUAUAUUUCUCAAAUACAUUAACGAAGAGUCAGAUCGAAGAUAUGGCUUCGGUAGACGAAUUUGAGGUAGUAAAGGAAGUCCAAGAAUAUUUCGCGGAUUACCUAGCUCAGUAUCCUUCGCAUUUCAGCUUGACCCAAUCCUCAUUGAGUGAAGGAGGGGAUGGUCCUUCUAACCCCCCAAUAUUUCUUCCUCCGCCAAUGCAUCUCCCUCCACCAACACUGUCUUCCCAUCUCAAAGCGAUUUUGGCAGUAUUACUUUCACUCAAGAAACGACCUGUAAUACGAUACGAAAGAAUGUCUUCGGCCGGUAAAAAAUUAGCAAUGGAAGUUCAAGCUUCCAUCACAAAUCCGCCUUAUAGGGAAUUGUUCGAUUUCAGAGGAACUCAUGGGGCCAAUCCGUUACUUCUCAUUCUGGAUCGAAGAAAUGAUCCAGUCACUCCUCUCCUUUCGCAAUGGACGUAUCAGGCUAUGGUACAUGAAUUGUUGGGCAUCAAUAAUGGUCGAGUGAGGAUUGACGGCGAGGAGAAGAUUGAGCUGAGAGAUAUAGUGCUGUCUUCGUCCUCGGAUCCAUUCUUCUCCCAACAUUUGUUCGCCAAUUUUGGUGAUCUAGGAGCAGCCAUUUCGUCAUACGUAACAGAAUACCAAUCUAAGAAUUCAACGUUGGGAUCCGCAUCAAAUCCAAACUCAAGGAUCGAGACUGUUGCAGAUAUGAAAAGGUUCGUCGAAGAAUAUCCUGAAUUCAAGAGACUAGGUGGAAAUGUUACCAAACAUGUGACGUUGGUUGGAGAGCUGAGUAGGUUGGUGGAAAGAGAUGGAUUAUUAGAAUUGAGUGAAACAGAACAAAGUUUAGCAAGUGUUGAGAGUCAUGCUCAGGAUUUGAAGUCCGUUCUUACUCUGAUAUCCACGCCAAAGAUACGACCAGCCAACAAACUUCGUCUAGCGAUUCUAUAUGCCUUGAGAUAUCAAAAGUUAGUGGGAAAUCAGAUACCCCAAGUCAUCGAUAGCCUGAUCUCAAACGGGGUUUCGGCCGAUAAAGCUAGAUUAGUCUACGUGAUGUUGAACUUUGCAGGAGCCGAUAUACGUCAAGACGAUUUGUUUAUGAAUGAAAAUUUCUUCUCGAGGGGAAAAUCAGCCUUAAAAGGAUUAAAAGGUGUCGAAAAUGUUUUUACCAGACAUGAACCUCAUCUAACGCAGACAUUAGACCUGUUGAUGAAAGGUAGAUUGAAGGAAGGAAGCUAUCCUUUUGUGGACGGGGACGAAGGGGCUAGAAAUCAGAGACCCCAAGAUAUUAUCAUAUUCAUGAUCGGAGGGACGACAUACGAAGAAGGUCGAGCGGUAGCAUUGCUCAACCAAAGAUUAGCAAAUGACACUGCAGGUGGGCCAGGGGGCACAAGGAUUCUUCUGGGUGGAAGCAUGGUGCAUAAUUCUACCAGUUUUCUAGAUAUGGUAGAAUCGUGUGCUCUGCAUUACCCUGAAUCCAUAUAUUCACCACCAAUGGGACAACCAGCUUUAUCUUUACUUUCUUCAGCAGCUGCAACACCUAUACCUUCUUCAACACCUGUACAAGGUGGACCAUCGGCUUUACCGUCAAUCAAUCUCCGUGCAGGAGGAUAUGAGCUUUCAGUCGGCGGAGCAGCAGGAUCAGGGUUGUACCGAACCAAUCAAGAAGGAGGGGCCAAUUUCGAACUGCCUAAGAUGGAUGCUGUAGCCGGGGUAGCAGGUGGAAUAAGAGAUGGUGCAGGUAGGUUAUGGGGUAACGUAAGGCAAAGAAUGGAGGAGAGAGUCAGUAGAACUGGUUCACCCCAAGGUCGAUGA